CCCCUCCCACGUGACGUCAGUGUAAACAAACCCUCCCACGUGAUGACAAUGUAAACAAACCCAGCAUGUGAGGAGCGAGACUGUAUAGACUAAAUGUGUAAGUGAUAGAAGAAGAAAACUUGAUAACCUACAAGCGAUAUAAAGUGGAACAGGUUUAAAGAAGAAGAAGAAGAGGUACUUUCCUUGGGUGAGGCGACACAGGAGCACCAUGGGCAAGAGGUUCUGUAUCUGCGAGUGUUAUUACACCUGCAAUUUCUUCAUCAAGGAGUACGAGAUGCACGUCAAGUUUGUGGACGGCGAGCAAUUCCUCAAUGACUACAGGAAAAUUCUGCUGAGCAAAUCCUGCUAUAACCCAGAAAGUCUCAUUCCUCAGCUGAAGAAGGAGUAUAAUCGACGCAGACAGGUGGAGGCUCUGAACAUUAGGCAGCGGCAGUGUGUGUUGCAGUGGUACACUCCUCGACACCCUCACCUAUACACACUGCAGCAAUCAUUCCUAGACAGUCGAUUCUUGGAGGUAGUUGAAGCAGCCCAGCAACCUGACCAGACUUGUGAAGCCCUUGCACGCCUCCUCCAGGACCACCAGCAGCGUGUCUUUUCCUUCCCGGUCUUCACCAAGGAGUUUUGUGAAAUGUUUGUAGAGGAGCUGACGAAUUAUGAAGAAGCGCCAAUCCAGAAAACGCCAAAUACCAUGAAUCUGUAUGGGAUAAAGCUGGAUGAACUUGGCUUCACUGACUUUGUGAGCAGCCUGCAGAAGGAGUACCUCACCCCCAUCACGCGGCUCCUCUUCCCUGAGUGGGGUGGCGGCUCCCUGGACUCUCACAAGGCCUUCGUGGUCACGUACAAGGAUGGGGAGGACGUGGACCUGAGCUACCACUAUGACAAUGCUGAGGUCACCCUAAAUGUGGCCCUGAAUGAAGACUACAGCAAUGGUGAGCUUUACUUUGGCCCCAUGAGGUCAGAAGUGUCAUCCCGCCGGUUUGGUUACACACACCAGCUGGGACGAGGAUUACUUCACCGAGGACAGCAGUUCCAUGGUGCAUUGCCCAUCACCAGUGGCAUCAGACACAACCUUAUAAUCUGGAUGCGGUCGUCAGAGGUGAGGAACAAGCUGUGUCCAAUGUGCAACAUGACCCCUAAGCUGGUGCCUGUGAAGGAAGGGUUUGGGGAUGGCUUCACACAGAAUGAGGAGGAUGUGUGUACCCUCAAUUGAACAUGGGAGUGGGGAGGUGAGAAGUGGAGGAGGAGACCUGCUGGGGAUAUCCUGAGGUGUUUGUGAUAAUAUUGUUGUAAGGAAGCUUUGUCACAUCUUAUAUGGUUGAAGUAGUUGUGAUUUGAUAAAUUCAGUAAUGAUGAAGUCUCCUCCUAUACAGGUAAUGGUUGAACUAGUCAGCUUUAGUUGGUAGAACAAUAUUUUGGUGAUGGAGGUUUUGCACCUUUAGCGUGGGUAAUAUUUGGAUAAGGAAGAUUGUGAUAUAGGUGUGUGUGUGUGUGUGUGUGUGUGUGUGUGUGUGUGUGUAUCAAACCCUCCACUCUGUACCACUCUCCUUCACUUGCAGAACUACACAUACUGAUCCAACUUCAUAUUUCACCUGAUUUGUAACUCUUUCCUUGCUAUUUGCCUCAGUCACUAGCCACUCUGAGGUCUUUCUUCUUAUUACAGUAUAUCAUAAGGAAUAGAAACUGUCUAUUCCUUUUAUUAAUUUCUUUACUGUUUGUGAUUGCUAUAAAGAUUUCUGUCAUUUUUAAGUUUAGUGAAUUAUUUCUUAUCACAGGGAAAGUGUGAUUACCAGACCUGUAUUAUGGCUUCUUCAAUCCAGGUUCUUAUUUUCUUUAUUACUUACAUUGUCUCCAUGAUUAUAGUUUUAGUAUUUGCAGUUUAUUAUGUUUUUACUUCAAAGUUUAUGUGUUGGCAAUUUUAUUGGGUGUUUGAAGAGUUGUAGAAGAAAGUUUAACCAAAAUAUAUAAUUCUUAAUAUUCUAAUAAUGUUUCUGUAAUAUACAAAUGAAAAAAUAGAGAGGAGUGAAAGGUCAGAUGAGAAAAAAAAGAGGUAAACAAAAUAAUAAGGGCAAAAUAAGAAUAAUAAAAAAAAAAAAAAUGAAAGCACCAUAAUGUGACAUACCGUUUAGUGUAUUACGUAAUAGUGUCUCCUUACAUACACUCACACAUUCAUGCAUGUUAUAGAUACAUAUGUUAGUUAACUCAUGUUUCUGUUAAUUGCACGGCCAAAUAUCAAUAUCAGAUAAACAUUAUGACUCGCCGCGCAUGAGAUUGAUAACUAAUACAAUUUUGUUUUAUUUAUUAAUUGCUGACAUGUAAAGACUUUCCAUCAUUAAUAAGAAUAAUAA